AUGGACUUAAUGGUCAUAAUUCCUCUUAUCAAACUUCUUUUGGUUAAUGCCGAGGGCCCACUAGUUAUUACAUUGAUGAUUCUUGCAAUGGGCCUAUUAUCAACAUCAUUUCCCUUAUCAUUCCUCUGGUGGUUAAACAAUCUUUUUAUGCUGAGUAGACAAUAUGGUUGUGGAUUUGAUGAUGUAUACUACCUCUUCCUUAGGCGGUUAAACAAUCUUUUUUUGCUGAGUAGACAAUAUGGUUUGUCAAAAUGGAGCAAUGAGGCUAUGUUUGUGAUUGAAGUAUGCAGAACCUUGAGAGAUAGGGGUCCAUACCCUGCUAAUCAGGUUGUUAAAGAUCUUGAUGAAAGCUUUGACUUUGUUAUCUAUGACAGCAAAGCUGGAACUGUCUUUGCUGCACUAGGUUCUGAUAGUGGAGGUUAA